AUGGCGGUCCCCCGAGCACGGAUAUUGGACCUUAUGAAGGUCCGAUGUCAAAUCUUCUCCACGACGUUCAACCCUGACGGUGUUCGCAUGGGCAACAAGAUUCUACGACAGAGACUUCGGGGCCCGGCACUAGCAGCCUACUAUCCGCGAAAAGUUGUGACGAUUAGAGAUUUGAUGAAGGAAUUCGCGCCAGAGCUCGAGACAUUUGACGAGGACGAGGACGACCGACUGGAAAACAUAGAAGCAUUGAAGGCUCGUGGAAAGGGCGCUCCCAAGAAGAAAAAAGGCCCUGGAGAUGCCAAGGACAAGAAGAAGAGGUGA